AUGGCUUGUGUAGAGGUGGUGAAUUUAGAAAGAACACAAUAUAGUUUAGAUAAUUUUGACAUGGUAUUGGUUUUCAAAGAUUAUUCACAACCACCAAAACAUAUUAAUAGAAUUUCAAUGAAUCAAUUAGAAGACAUAAAGGAAUGGCUAUAUUCAAUGAAUAUUUUAUAUUAUGAAGGAACACCAGAUUUAAGUUGGACACAAAUAAUGAGAAAUAUUAAUCAAGAUGCAAUAGGAUUUUAUAAAAAUGGUGGUUGGUCAUUUUUAGAUAUGGAUGAAAAGGAUGAUGAUUCGGAAACACAAUCAGAUUCAGUAAGUGAAUUUGAGCCAACUGAGAAUGAGGAGAAUUAUAAUGAAAGCAGUGAUUAUGAAGAAGAGGAGGAAGCUGUUAGUAUGAAAUCAGCAGGUCCAGGAGAAGCAAGUGAUGAAUCAACAUUAAACUGGGAUAAACUCAAAGAAAAGAUUUGUAAAGUUGAUAAGAAAAGACAAGAAAUUAAGCAUAAAAAUUCUAAUGAUGUUCAUGGUAGUAGUAGUACAAACACAAAUAAGAAACCUCGUCAAAGUUGA